GCUGUUGAGAGGCUUGCGUACUGCAGUGACCAUAAAACGACCAAUGCGUCAAUUCGAAACAGAAAGUUUAGACAGCCUGUCAGUGUAAACUUGAAAUCAGAUUCACUCUAACCUUCCACACUGUAACAACCUGAAGCAUUUGUGCGGAAUUCAAAGAUGACCUUAGCUACCACCUUCCUGUUUUUUGCGAUCCAUUUAGCCUGUAUCAGAGCUGGAAAUUCCUCUGAGAAAUUUAUCAAACUGGAGUGUAAUGAAGAAUACCAUGGGAUUUAUGGUCAGCAGUCAUUGCUGCAGUGUAAUGUCAAAGCUGUUGAGAACGUGACCAUCGUGAUUGUGACCUGGAAGAGGGUGGAAGCUGACACUCUUUUGUUGGAAUACAAUCAAGAGGAAUUUCACCCAACCCCUGGAUUUAAAUUUGCUGAGCCAUCCUGGAACAAGGAUAAUAUGAAUGUGUCCUUGUUGUUGACAAAGACCAAGAUGGCCGACAAGGGGGUGUAUGAAUGCAUGGUGACCACAGACCGUGGUGAUGAUACAGCUACAACCAGCCUCAGUGUCACACCUAAGUACAAGACUCCAACCAUGAGCUCCAUCCCUGAGACCAACAUCAAAGAGAACACAGAUGUGACCAUUUUCUGCAACUCUACAGGCGGGCAACAGACAGGGUUGAUCUGGUGGUUUGACCAGGAUGGCUACAAUUGGACGCACAGGGCUGAACUGGUGGCCAAAGAGACUGACGAUGGACUGUUCAGCCUCUCCAGUCAAUUCACAGUGCAGAAGGCUACAUCCAGUUACUCAAACUACACGUGCAAAGUGCUCAAUAGCAAUGGUGCCGAGGAGGGGGUGGCAUCAUUUGUGAUCCAGUUAGCUCCGCGAGUCUCAGAAAUAAACGCUGACCAUUUGGAUUCUGAUUCCACCACCCACUGGCUAGCCCCGGUUGUAGUCAUAGGAUCUCUGGUCAUUGGACUCCUUGCUGCGCUGCUGAUAUUUAAGAGGCGCUCCGCCCAACGUGACCACCAACCAGAUACCAGGCAUGAUGGAGAUGUUGAGGCAGAAGGUCUAAACAGUGACAGUCCACAGGACCAGCGUGACAGUCUCUAGUAAAUGAUUUGUUAACUGGCAGUCUCUGGAAGGGACUGUUUCCUUGACGAUCAAUAAGGGGCUUGUCACCAUCACUGUCUUUUGAUGGACUGUUUCCUGUUAAGUGUCCGAUGACAGUCACUUUGGCACUCAGGUGAUUCUGAUUGAGGCAUCUGUUUCUUCAUAAUCUACUGAUGAUGGCAGCCUUUAAGGUCUGUGGUUGAUUACAAAUGAUAUGUAACUGCCCUAUAUAUCAAUGUUUCUAUACAGGGUUGGCAUGGUGUCAUAAUGCUCUAGAUUCUACCACUGCAGAACAUUGGUAUACUGUAAUACCAGGUAAUCUAAUCAAUGUACACACUGUACUACAAGGUGCAUGGUUUAACAUUCCACGUUUCCUAUACUGUAGAUUUGACCAUAGUGGUUGUUAUUACUGUACUGUAACACCAGACCAUCUAAUCACUAUAACUUUACACACGGUUCUAUACUAAGGUUGUGCGAACAUUCAAUUUGAACACAGCACUUUUCUGAAAACAUGUAGUAAAACUGGUUUCCCUUCUGAAAGAGGGUUUCGCAAGACUGUACAACAACCACUCUUACAACCAAAAGCCAGCCUGUUGCUCCAACCACAGAGGAUUUGUUUGUGGCCUUCCUCUUACUCCUUCCUUCUUGUCUUGCGCCAUCUGCUGGUGGAAAAUUCAGGUCUAUAUUUAUAUAGAUACUAGCCCUUAAACACUGUGGUUGAUGACUUUAACAGUCUAUGUUUAAAAGCCUAACAUGAUUGGUUCUGUACAGCAGGGUUCCCCAACUGGCGGUCCUCGGGCCAAAUUGGUUUACCCCCCCCCCCCCCCCCACCCACCCAAGUUUUCAUAAAUGAACUACAAAAACACUAGGAAAUCAGCUCCAAGUUAUUUUAAUUUAAGAAGUCUGUUCCCAAGUAUUGCAGAAUAGAGAGACACAUGAUCAUAUAGAAAUGUAAGCAAGGUUUUAAAUUAUUCUGUUCUAGUCAAACAUGAUAUAUUUUUGGGCUUCUUGCGUUUAAUUUGCAGUCUUCACAUUUUUUUGUAAUUAUCAUACUUUUGAAGAAAACAUGCCAGGCUUGACAUGAACUUGUUUCUCCACUUGUCCUUCAGACAAUCAGGUGACUGACAAUGUUGCCGUGUUGUUUGUUUCUGCGCGUACAAAGCACUUUUCCAAAAAAUAUGAAGUAAACUGUUUUGGCCUCUGAAAAGACGGUUCUGGUAGAUACUCUACUUUAAUUCUGCUCCAAUGUGUAUGUGAAGAAAUGCUAGGCUAAAUAUAAAUAGUACAUCACUUUUGACUAGAAGAAAUUAGGGAGCCAUUUUGAAUUCAACCUUUGACUUGACUUCGUGUCACCUCUGGAACGUAUUGUAACAUUAACCCAACCUUGUUACCAACAGCCAGCCUGUUGCUUCAACAGUUCUGCCGCAGGAGUUUCUUUUGAUUUGUACUUCCUUUUUUCACCUGGUGGUUGAUUAUGAAAAAUGUGGAAAAACAUUUAGAAAACGUUUUGUGGGGCAGCAAUUGUCUUCUAUUUACAUAAUGAUUGUAUCAGUUCCCAUGAUUUUUUUACUGCUGUUAUGUUGCUGUUGAUGGCAUUGCAAAUGGACUUGAGAAAUCUGUUGUCGUAUUGUGGCAACUUGAGGUGAACGCUGUCCACAACAAGACUACACCUCCCACAAUUCCUUCCAACUCCUCGACAGUGUCCGUCCCUUCUUACUUAAGUGCACACUUGGCAGUUGUCACUGUAGAUACAGAUAUGAUGAACCUAUUUCUAUGCCAGUCAGCAUGGACCUAGUCAGGGCUCUUCCACAGAAGGCUGGACUUUGAUCUAUUUGUGUUGUUGUUGAUUUUGGCUCUGAUCUACUAUUGGUGGCUUGAGAUGUUUGUGCGUCAAGUUAUGAUUAUUUCCCAAUUCAAACAAAAAACAAGACAAGUUAUUUCGUAGUGUAAGAGGUCAAGAUGAGAGAGGAAUCCUGUCUAUAUAUGAAGUGAUUAUCAAGUGAUUUGUUAAUAUGUUUUUUUUUUAAAGACAACUUCCUGUUUUCAGCACAUAGAUAUGCCUGCUUGAGGCCUGCUCUGCAUCUAACCCCAUAUAACAGACUUUGUUAUUGCUACAUUUGGUAUGUUUUUAUAUGUGACUUUGUUUGUUAUGAAUAAAUCAUUGAGAUUAAAGCUUUUUUUACUUUGUCCAGAGAUAACAUGUAAAUAAUCUAUUGUAUAUUAUGUCCGGGUAUAUUUUGCACUGUAAAAUUCCUGUUCAGAUCCUGCACCUUGAUACUGUUCAUUAAAUAUAGGACAGUGAGAAAUGUGUUUACACUGAACGUUUUGUAAAUACUUUCACUUGUUGUUUUUAAAUACUACCAUCUUUAAACAAAUAAAAAAGCAUUAUUCAUGG